AUGACAUCGAGAUUACCAGUCAUUCUAUGCGGCCGCACGACAGCAAUAGGAAAGCCGGUGUCUGAAGCUCUCCUGCCCGAAUACGAGGUUAUUCAUUUCUUCCAAACAAGCGAGGCGAUUCAUGCCGAGCUUCCGUCCCUCCUCGCAGGCGGGAAGCCUCAGGCUGCCGCGUCCAAUGACAUUGGUUCGCACGACUACACCCGACCUGCACGGGCGGUCAUUUUCGGCCGGGGUUAUGACAUGGCGGAGAUAGAUGGAUUCCGUAAGGCUGCUGCUAGGCAUUCCUCACUACCGAUUGCUUGGGUUAUAAGUGAUCCGGCAAAGAUUCAGUCGAAUGGCCCGCCUCCCCCGCCGGGGUAUGCGAACACUGUGACGGAUCUUGUUAAGAGUAAGCUGAAUGAGUGGAAGGCAAGUGGUGCUGGGGAGAAUGCAGUUCUAUUAUAUUGA